AUGUCCAAUACACCCCCGAAAGACCUCGAAUCCCUCCCCACAAUCUACUGCCACGCCUGGGCCGCCCGCGACCCUUCCCCCCUCCUAGCCCUCUUCACUCCGGACUCCUUCAUGACAGACCACGGAGCCCAGAUCCACGUCCCCUUCGCCUUCCUCGAGCGCCACCACAAACACUGGAACGGCGCGCACAAGGACUUUGAAGUCUACCUCGACAAGCACUUCCGCACUAUCAACAAGGGGGUUUUUGUAAACGACUUGGGGCGGCGGAAGGCGACGGGGUUGACGUUUGAGUAUUCGGGUGUCAUUGAUCUGAAGUUGAAGGGGGGUAAGAUUGCGCAGGCGGAUGAGUGGUUAAGAGUGCCUUUUGAGGAUAGUGUCUCGCCUGAUAAGUACAUUAAGAUCUCGGAGGAGAGCUUGAAAGGCGUGAUGAGGAAGGAUCUUCAUAAAGACAGUUGA